CCAGUCAGUUGCAAUCGUUGCGUCGCACUGAACUGAAGUUACGAUGUGCUGUCGAUCGACGCUGGUCCUGUGCCUGGUGAUACUUCAUAACGAGCUAAGUCCAUGCGAGGUCUAUGGUGUUCCCACACCGGAAGCCAAAGUGUCCAAGCUGAGCAGAAAGAAAGCCACCGGACCAGACCAGAUUCUACCGGAUCCGGCGGAAGCGUUGAAAAUUCCCGAUCUUACCGAGCUGAUUGCUGAGGGGAUCCUCCGUGAUUUGGGCUACAACGAAAUUGAUGACGAUGACGAACGAGCAUUAAGCAAAAUCAUACGCACCUUUCAACAUGACAAUGACAUCCCCGUUACGGGCAUUCUAGAUGAUGAGACGAAGCUGGCCAUUGGACGGCCACAUUGCGGAUCGAAAAAAAGCGCCAAACUCAAGGUCGGUGUCUCCAAGUGGAGCAAGAAUGUACUUACCUAUAGGAUUGAGAACUUUCCACGGGCGAAAAGAACGAGUCCCAUUCAAACGAUGCUCAUGAAAGCGUUCAACGAAUGGAGUAGGGUUACGAAUUUGGACUUUGCGGAGGUGGACAAUGAGGAUGCCGACAUUGAAAUCAACUUCGGAGGACGACUUCAUAGGAAACGCGAUCGUCGGUGUACGUUCGACGAUCCAACCACGCUGGCGCAUGCCUUCUUCCCGGAAGUUGGCGAUAUUCACUUUAACAGUAAGUAUUUUUUCGACGACGAGGACGUAACAAUGGAAGACUUUCUGGACACGGCACUGCACGAGAUCGGCCACGCACUGGGGCUGGAGCAUUCGCGAUCCAAAGCAUCGUUGAUGCAUCCGAACGAGAGUAACCGAUUCACCGAACCACAACCAAUUGAUAUUGAGAACAUACGAGAACUGUACGGUGUUCGAAGAGGUGGAAGAACCAUGAGUAACGUAGCGCCCAAGCUGUGCUCCCUGAUGAAGAUCGAUGCUGCCAUCCAGGAAUCCGACGGCAACCUGUAUGUCUUUGCGGGCAUUUAUUACUAUAAUGUGAACGAGAAGCGUCCCGUCGGCCGGUUGAUCUCCUCCAAGUGGCCCGGCCUUCCCGGAAACAUCGAUGCUGCCUUACGGUACGGCGACGGACGAAGUUACUUCUUCAAGGGUAACAAAUAUUGGCGAUUUGCGGAUGGUCGGUUGAACGCCGGGCAUCCGCGAUUGAUCAGCGAUGGAUUCCGUGGACUGCCGAGUGAUAUUGAUGCCCUGAUGAGUGACGCUGAUGGAGAUAUUUUUGCGCUCAAAGGGAGCCAGUACUGGGUGUACGAUGUUACGAAGAGAAGGGUCAGUUCGAGUUAUCCCGCCAUGAUGAAAGAAAUGGGACUGCCGAAGAACAUCGAUGCCGGCUUGGAUACCAAGGACGAUGUGGCUGUGUUCAAGGGCGGUAUGAAGUACGUUCUACAGCCGACUGGACGGUUUCAAGGAGAGGAAAAUGAUUGGCUUUUGUGUGAUUGAAGGCAUUUGGAAUAAAAUAGAAUUCGUUACUUAUGUAUUUACAGCUAUGGGAAUCAAGCUGAGAAAACCAUUCGACACUGAUUAUUUGCAGCCUCCUUCUUUAUCAGAAAUAUAGGAGGUUUGUUUACUCACAAGCACAACUAACUAUAAAAUUAUCAGUUUGCUCAGUGCUGCCAGUUCAGUCUUUAAAUUAUGGUAGAGGUCAAAAUUAUGAGGAAAGUCCGGUUACAAUAUUUUUUCAACUUGAUUAGAGCCAUCUAUACGGAGAUAAUUGAAUUCAAAAAUUUUUAAACCCUCCAGCCUGAAGACUGUUUAUUGUUUGAGUUAAAAUCACCUAUAGCUUUAGAAUUUUAAGUUGUACCCAAAUACUCUAUUGUGCAAAAAUGUACACCAUAAUUUUCCCUACAUCUCUUUUGAAGACUACUUUUUCGAAAAAGGUGGCUACUCAUCGUUACUCCAUGAGUAACCAGCAUGAAAAUCCGAUUUAUUUUUAUUAGCCA